UUGAAGCAUGAAAGCGUAGGUUUAUGAAGGGCUUAGGCUAGAGGCGGCUUUGCCUUCUCUUCUUUGCCCGCUCAAGGUCCUUUAAUUAUCGCCAUUUCUUCAUUCUCAUUAGCUUUCAAUCUAAAUAUCACUCAUCUCUCUUUUUGCUUCCGGCCCCGUUCACUCCUUGGAGAAAUUUCAGGAAUUCGAUGUGGAUCAACUCAGCAUUUCUUUGUAUCUCUCAGCCAUAACUCAAGUCAUUCUCCCCGGAUUGUUCUGUUAAUCGUAGAUUCCACUGAGAGAUGUGGGCGAACGUAGUCAAGCGAACUUCCCUGAGGAAGUUUAAACUAUCCCCUGAAUUCUCUUACUCGCCUUCGUUAAGUUACAUGAAGUUUUCCGGAGGCUUGAAUUUUAUCGAGAGGACGAGCCCUUCCGAAACACAAACGCCGGUGAACUCGAGAUUCCCAGAUAUUGGGUUUUAUCAAGUUGGUCUAUUUACUUCGAAACCUGAAAUGAGAAUUCCCAAUUUUCAGCCUUCUGAAGACCCCUUGGGUUCUUAUUUAUCUGUAAAGUCGGCUAGAGGUUUUGCUAGUGUUGCCGAGGUUAUUGAGUCCGACGAGACUGAAGAAGAUUUUUCUGGGUCCGAUGACAAUCAACAGUUGUGUAGGCAAAUGAGAAAACAAGUGAAGGAACAACCCCAGUUGCAGAAGCCAAUGCAUGAGUUGGCAGGUAUGGCGAACUACAGGUAUAAAAUACUUCGGAGAAGGCAGGUUAAAAUGGAGACAGAGGCAUGGGAACGUGCCGCCGAAGAAUAUCAAGAAUUAUUGACAGACAUGUGUGAGCAGAAGCUUGCACCCAAUUUGCCAUAUGUGAAGUCGUUGUUCCUUGGUUGGUUUGAACCUCUGCGGAAUGCAAUUGCCGCGGAGCAAGAGGCUUGCAAAUACACCCACGCGAACAGUCAUGCGCCUUAUUUUAAUGAGUUGCCUGCAGAGAUGAUGGCAGUCAUUACUAUGCAUAAGUUGAUGGGAUUGUUGAUGACAAAUAGUAAUGGGAUAGGCAGCGCUCGAGUAAUCCAAGCCGCUUGUCAGAUUGGUGAAGCGGUUGAACAGGAGGCCAGAAUAUACAGAUUUUUGAAUACAAAAAAGAGCAGGAAGACGAAGAGGGCUGUUGCUGACAACCCUGAUGGUGAAUCUGAUCCUGCAACCUCAGGAGAAUGUAACGUGAUUGAAGAUAGUGACAAAGUGGUUAAAGAGCAGGAUAAAUUAAGGAAGAAAGUUGCGAGUUUAAUGAAAAAACAGAAGAUGCGAAAAGCAAUGGCAGUAGUAAACAAACAUGAUGCUUCAAAGCCUUGGGGGCAGGAAGGUCAAGUAAAGGUUGGAGGUCACUUAAUUAAACUGCUAAUAGAAACAGCCUACAUACAGUCCCCAGUGGAUCAAGUAGGAGAUAGUCCACCAGAUAUACGCCCUGCAUUUACACAUGCUCUCAGAAAUUUCAUGAAUGAUUCACAGAAGAGCAGUAGGAGAUAUGGUGUUAUUGAAUGUGACCCCUUGGUCCAAAAGGGCCUUGAGAAAUCUGCCAGGCACAUGGUCAUCCCAUACAUGCCAAUGUUGGUGCCACCUCGUAACUGGACAGGGUAUGACCAAGGAGCAUACUUGUUUUUGCCAUCGUAUGUAAUGAGAACACAUGGAGCAAAGCAGCAACGUGAAGCAGUUAAAAGGACUCCCUUGCAACAACUAGAACCUGUUUUUGAGGCUCUAAAUACCCUUGGCAAUACCAAGUGGAGGGUAAACAAAAGGGUUCUUAGUGUCAUAGAUCAUAUUUGGGCCAAUGGUGGGGGCGUUGCAGAUUUGGUGGACCGUCAAGAUGUUCCCAUCCCAGUGGAACCGGACACAGAAGAUCAAUCAGAAAUCCAAAAAUGGAAGUGGAAAGUCAAAGAUAUCAAAAAGAAGAAUAAUGAGAUGCAUUCACAACGAUGUGACAUAGAACUUAAACUCGCGGUUGCACAGAAGAUGAAGGAUGAAGAAGGCUUCUACUAUCCUCACAAUCUUGAUUUCCGAGGACGUGCCUAUCCCAUGCACCCAUAUUUGAACCAUCUUGGUUCUGAUUUAUGCCGAGGCAUACUAGAAUUUGCUGAGGGCCGCCCUUUAGGAAAGUCAGGCUUGCGUUGGUUGAAAAUACAUUUAGCAAAUUUGUAUGCUGGUGGUGUGGACAAGUUGAGUUAUGAGGGUAGACUCACAUUUGUUGAGAACCAUCUGGAUGAUAUAUUUGAUUCUGCAGACAGGCCUCUUGAAGGAAGGCGUUGGUGGUUAGAAGCAGAAGAUCCUUUUCAGUGUUUGGCAGCAUGUAUCAAUCUAUCUGAAGCAUUGAGAAGCCACUCUCCUGAGACCACCAUAUCUCAUAUGCCUGUUCAUCAGGAUGGUUCGUGCAAUGGCUUACAACACUAUGCAGCCCUUGGGAGGGACAAGUUGGGAGCUGCUGCAGUCAAUCUCGUAUGUGGAGACCGGCCUGCUGAUGUUUACUCAGGAAUUGCUGCAAGAGUACUUGAAAUCAUGAGAAGGGAUUCAGAGAAAGAUCCUGAAACUUAUCCAAAUGCAAUACUUGCUAGACGUUUGAUCAACCAGGUGGACCGGAAAUUGGUGAAGCAGACAGUGAUGACAUCAGUUUAUGGUGUGACUUAUAUUGGUGCCCGUGACCAGAUCAAGAGGAGGCUAAAAGAGCGUAAUGCUAUGGAGGAUGAUGCAGAGAUGUUUGGUGCAGCCUGUUAUACAGCAAAAACCACUCUCGUGGCCUUAGAAGAGAUGUUUGAGGCUGCAAGAAGUAUCAUGAAUUGGCUUGGGGAAUGUGCUAAGGUGAUAGCUUCAGAGAAUCAGCCCGUACGGUGGAUCAGUCCUCUUGGGCUUCCUGUAGUACAACCUUACAGACAGCUAGGAAGAAAUCAUGUUAAGACGACCCUUCAGAUAUUAACACUACAACGUGAGACUGACAAGAUCAUGGUAAAGCGGCAGAGAACUGCUUUCCCUCCAAAUUUUGUUCAUUCUCUUGAUGGUUCUCAUAUGAUGAUGACUGCGGUUGCUUGCAAGAAAGCAGGAUUGAACUUUGCAGGAGUACAUGAUUCAUAUUGGACACAUGCUUGUGAUGUUGAUAUGAUGAACAAAAUACUGAGGGAAAAAUUUGUUGAACUUUAUGAGGCUCCGAUUCUAGAAAAUUUGUUAGAGGGCUUUCAGAAAUCUUUUCCAUCGUUGAAUCUUCCCCCUUUACCUGCCCGAGGAGACUUCGAUCUACGAGAGGUUCUAAAUUCAACCUACUUUUUCACUAGAUUUUUUGAAAACUCAACUUGCUGUUCUUGUUCUUCCUCCUCCUGGAGUUCAGUCCCAAGGAUGAUAUUUUUAUUAUAUCUUCUAUGGGCACGAGAGAUUUCAAUGGCCGUGAAGACAGGCAUGUACAUGGAAGAAAAAUGCAGAUUUCAAUGGCCAUGAAGACAGGCAUGUACAUGAAAGAAAAUUGCAGAGCGAAAUUUGGAGCCCGACGAUCUUCUGUAAAUACAUUGUCAUGGCAUUGGAUGUUUUCAAGAGAUGUCCUUUCGAUUGGACAUAUGCUACUUGUUAACUAUUUAUGAAGGAUACGAAGAAAAGGGGUGAUUCAACUUGAGAUCACCAGAGGGCACUCCAAAUGGACUUUCACAAAUGGUCUGCGAAUUUGCUCGGAUUAGAUGCAAAACAAGACGAUUGAUUGACGCCUUGCUAUUUAUUCCAGAAGGCAAAUCUAUUCUACACUGCCCUUGCAAACGAGUAGGCCAAAAUGAGUUGUCACGAUUCUUUUUAUUGCCUUUUUACAUGUCUUUGAUAUAUUUUUCUUGUAUUCUGUUUUGCCUCAGAGGGAAGGGGUGGCUUAGAAGAAUGUACCGUUAUACCUUAGGAACUGUAAAAUAGCUGUGGUUUCAUCAUUUAAAUUAACAUGUAGAAUAAUAAUGCCAAAAGAAACAUUUUUUUACUUUUUCACUUGAGAUGUGCCCCAAUAGAAACAUUUUUACUUUUUCA